AUGCCAGGUUUAGCACAGAGGAAUGAGUUUUACUCUUCUGGGUUUUGGUCUAACGACGUCGGUGAUGGAGUCAGCUACAAUCAGUUGCAAAAGUUCUGGAGUGAGCUGUCGCCGAAAGCUAGGCAGGAGCUUCUCAGGAUUGACAAGCAGGCUCUGUUUGAGCAAGCUCGCAAGAACAUGUGUUGUUCCAGAUGUAACGGACUGUUGCUUGAAGGCUUCUUGCAAAUUGUUUCAUAUGGGAAAUCCUUGCAACAGAAAGGAUCGAUAGGAAAUCUUCCUUGCAACAGAUCAGGAGUCUCAAAAGAUCAGAUUGACUGUAAGUCGGUUGUUAGUAACAGAUGUACGGGUGAGUUGCAAGAACCCGCUGUUCAUCAAUGGGGAGGUCUCACCACAACACGAGAUGGUUCACUCACACUUCUUGAUUGCUAUUUGCAUGCCAAAUCUUUUAAAGGGAUUCAAAUUGUGUUUGAAAGUGCACGUGCUCGGGAGAGGGAACGUGAGUUGCUUUAUCCCGAUGCUUGUGGUGGUGGAGGUCGGGUAUGGAUGAGUCAAGGGAUACCUGGUUAUGGUAAAGGUCAUGGAACAAGAGAAACAUGCGCUUUGCAUACCACAAGGCUCUCUUGUGAUACAUUAGUGGAUUUUUGGUCUGCACUUGAAGAGGAAAGUCGACAUUCACUUUUGAGAAUGAAAGAAGAGGAUUUCGUGGAAAGAUUAACUUACAGAUUCGACUGCAAGAAGUUUUGUAGAGACUGCAGAAGAAAUGUUAUUCGGGAGUUUAAAGAGCUUAAGGAACUUAAAAGAAUGCAGAGAGAACCACGAUGUACCGACUGGUUUUGUGUUGCCGAUACAGCCUUUCAAUAUAAGGUGGACAUUGAUUCCGUCCGAGCAGAUUGGAGUCAAAAGUUUACAGAAAAUGCAGGAUAUCAUCACUUCGAGUGGGCUAUUGGAACUGGAGAAGGCGAAUCUGAUAUCCUCGAGUUCAAAUAUUUAGGCAGUGAUAAGAGUGCUCAUGUCAAUGGCAUAGACCUUCGUGGAUUACACGAAUGCUAUAUUACUCUUAGGGCAUUUAAAAAAAAUGGCCGCUGCUCCGAGAUAUCCGUCAAAGCCCAUGCGUUGAGAGGCCAACAAUGCGUUCACUCCAGGCUUGUGGUUGGGGAUGGCUUUGUUUCAAUCAAAAGAGGAGAAUGCAUUAGAAUGUUUUUUGAGCAUGCUGAAGAGGCUGAGGAAGAAGAGGAUGAAGUAAUGAUAGACAAAGAUGGGAAUGAGCUUGAUGGUGAGUGCUUGCGUCCACAAAAGCAUGCUAAGAGUCCAGAACUUGCUCGAGAGUUUCUUCUAGAUGCUGCAGCUGUUAUUUUUAAGGAACAGGUUGAAAAGGCAUUUAGGGAAGGUACUGCUCGUCAAAAUGCACACAGUAUAUUUGUCUGCCUUUCAUCGAAACUAUUAGAGCAACGUGUUCAUAUUGCCUGCAAGGAAAUUGUCACCUUGGAGAAGCAGAAGAAACUUCUUGAGGAAGAAGAGAAAGAAAAGCGUGAAGAGGAGGAGCGAAAAGAAAGGAAAAGAACAAAAGAAAGGGAGAAAAAACUUCGUAGAAAGGAGAGGUUGAAAGAAAAAGAACGUGAAAAAGAGCAGAAGAAUCCAAAAUCUAGUGAUAAAGCAAUGCUGCCAAAUUUGUCAAGGGAAGAAGAAGGCUGUCUGGAUCUUGAUGAGGGAGUGAACAAUACAAUAAGCUGCGAGGAGUCAGGAAUUGAAACUGGAGAUGCAGAUUUCUCUCCACCUGGUUCUCCUGAUGAUCAAGAUGGAGAGUGUGUGGAAGGUUGCAUUUCUCCAAGAGCGGAAACCCACUAUUGUGAUAGCAUUGAGAGAGAGGUUAUAGAUCAUGAAGAUGAAACAAAUGAUAAUCCUAGACCUGUUCAUCAGACAGCAAGAUUCUGGAAAGAACUUCAGCCUGAUCAUGCUUUGAGGUGGUCAGAAAAGCGCAGAUAUCCAGACAAUGCUUCUUUUGUCAGCAGGGAUGAGUCAAUAUACUAUAGUGAUAGAUUAGAAAGGUCUUCAAGGUACUUCAACGGGUCAAAUAAAAAUUUGAGAGUGAAAGCCUCGAAGGCUGGUGGUAGCCCAAAUAGCAGUAGAUCACAUGAUGGGUUUCAAUGUUCAGACAACAGGAUUGGUGAGAGGUAUGAUUACCAUUCUUGCAGUUGCAAACCCAUCAAUGGAUACCAGGAAAAGGUAGAAUCUAAUAUUUCUGCAACCAUGCAAGAGCUCAAAACCACAUUCAAAUCAGACUCUGAUCCAGACGUUUCCAAGCCACUUCACCGAUCCAAUAUGUAUAAUCACUCAGACUAUAAACGAGAGUUAAGACCUAGAAGUAGAGUGACAACCGGACAAAAUUCUUCUAUGAGGAAUCCAGUAUAUGUAAGAAAGGUCUUGGACUCCAUGGAACUGAAGCAUCCCCAAAACAGCUCAACGUCUGACGUAUCAUCAGUUAUAUGCUCAACAUUUAAGGCUGAAGAGACUAAAGAUGUUUAUUCUUCUGUGAAGUCAGCUGACACACAGUCUCGAUGCAGUGCUACUGAAAAGUUGGGUGAUGCCAAUCUUAGUUCAGACAGGGAUUCUGCGAAUUUUAUUAAUUCAACCAAGGAAGACAAGAAGGUGGAAGUUCACAUAACACCAAAGAAUGAGGACCUGUACUCUAAAGACCCUAUGAUGAGUAGAACCUCCAGUUCAGACAAUUGCUCUUCGUGCCUCAGUGAUGGAGAUAGCAAUACAGCUUCUUCAAACAACGGAAACACUGAAUCCUCCUCGAUGUCUGAUUCUGAAGAUGCCAGCCAGCAAUCUGAAGGAAGAGAGAAUCUAGUGGAUACUCGGGACGAUAUGCCUAAUAAGAUGGCAGAGAAAGAGGCAGGAAAGAGUAUUGCCGAAAGAGAUAUUUUAAGAGUUAUGAAUAUUUCUAAUCUUCCAGCGGACAACGGGGAAAGUAAAUUAUUGGGAACUCCUUUUACAGUUCCUAGCCAAAACAUGGAAGAUAUGGCACACAGUGUUAAUACUGGUUCCUACAUGCCCCAGCCCCAGCCACAAAGCAUGAUGUUUCCCCAAAUGCUUAACCAGAGUAUAGCGUUGUCAGUCUUCCAGGCUCCUCCAACAAUGGGUUACUAUCAUCAAGCUCCGGUCUCUUGGUCUGCAGAUCCAACCAACGGGUUAAUGCCGUACCCUCAUCCUAACCAUUAUGUAUACUCCGCUCCUCUUGGAUACAGUAUGAAUGGAGAGACCCCGUUAUGCAUGCAGUACGGGACCCCAUUGAACCAUUCAGCAACACCUUUCUUCAAUCCCGGGCCAGUCCCAGUUUUCCAUCCGUUUGCUGAAGCCAAUACAAUGAACACUGUGGACCAAUCUCAAACUCUUGAGCCAUUGGCACACAGUUCACUGAAGGAAGCAGAUGAAAGGAAAUCAAAUCGAAUGUCUCCAAUGGAAACUCCAAGCAGCAGAGGUCUGCAAAGUGACAGUGGCGAAAACUUCUCGUUAUUCCACUUUGGUGGGCCGGUUGCUCUGUCUACAGGAGGUAAGUCGAAUCCUGCUCAUUCCAAAGAUGGGAUUUUGGCGGAUUUUUCGUUGCAGUUCUCAGGAGGAGAUCAUGUUUUUGGUGAUCCCACCAGCAAUAAUAAGGGGAAACAGAGCACAAUAGGUGAAGAGUACAACUUGUUUGCGACAAGUAACAGCUUCAGUUUUUCUAUCUUCUAA